AUGGCAAACCAAGAUAUUCGUUAUGAUGGCAAAGUGGCCAUUGUCACUGGUGCUGGUGGAGGUAUCGGUCGUGCCUAUGCUCACUUUUUCAGCUCUCGAGGUGCUGCAGUAGUCGUCAACGACUUGGGUGUCUCUCACACUGGCGAUGGAAGCUCUUCCAAGGCUGCCGAUGUCGUUGUCGAGGAGAUUCGCAAGGCUGGUGGCAAGGCUGUUGCUAACUACGAUUCUGUCACCGAUGGACACAAGAUUGUCGACACUGCCAUGAAGGCCUUCGGUCGUGUGGAUAUCUUGAUCAACAAUGCCGGCAUUCUUCGUGACAAGUCCUUCGCUCGCAUGACCGACCAAGAUUGGGACUUGAUUAUGGCUGUUCACGUCCAAGGUUCCUACGCCAUGACCAAGGCUGCUUUCCCUAUCAUGAGAGAACAAAAGUAUGGCCGUAUUAUCAUGACCGCUUCUGCUGCUGGUCUCUAUGGUAACUUUGGUCAAGCCAACUACAGUGCAGCCAAGCUUGCCCUUGCCAGUUUCAGCAACUCGUUGGCCCGUGAAGGUGCAAAGUACAACAUUCACAGCAACACCAUUGCCCCCAUGGCUGCUUCCAGAAUGACCGAGACUAUUAUGCCUCCCGAGGUUCUUGCCUCUCUCAAGCCCGAUUACGUUUGCCCCGUUGUUGGUUACUUGUGCCAUGAAAACACUGAAGAGACCGGUGGUAUCUUUGAAGUCGGUGGUGGCUUUGUUGCAAAGUUGAGAUGGGAACGUUCCCUUGGUAGCGUCUUCCGUGCUGAUGAAACCUUUGAUCCUUCUGCUGUCGCUGCUCGUUGGGAUGAAAUCACCAAUUUCGACAAGGUCGAAUACCCUGCUUCCAUCACUGAUACCGAUUUCUUGGGCUUGCUUGAACGUGCAAAGGCUUCCGGUCCUAACCCCAAGGGUGAACCUCUUCGUUUCGAUGGCCAGGUUGCCAUUGUCACUGGUGCUGGUGGUGGUUUAGGCAAGGCUUAUGCUUUGAUGCUUGGCAAAUUGGGUGCCUCUGUCGUUGUCAAUGACUUGGGUGUGUCUCAUACUGGUCAAGGCUCCAGCUCUCGUGCUGCUGAUUUGGUGGUGGAUGAAAUCAUCAAGGCUGGUGGUAAGGCCGUUGCCAACUAUGACUCUGUUGAGGAUGGUGACAAGGUUGUCGAUACUGCUCUCAAGGCUUUCGGUCGUAUUGAUAUCAUUGUCAACAAUGCUGGUAUCUUGCGUGACAAGUCCUUCAUCCGUAUGAGCGAUCAAGAUUGGGAUCUUGUGCAACGUGUCCAUUUGCGUGGUACUUACAAGGUCAUCAAGGCUGCUUGGCCCCACAUGGUGAAGCAAAAGUACGGUCGUAUCAUCAACACUGCUUCCGCUGUUGGCUUGUAUGGCAACUUUGGCCAAACCAACUACUCUGCUGCCAAGUUGGGUAUUGUCGGUCUCACCAAGACUUUGGCUCUUGAAGGUCAACGCAAGAACAUCUUGUGCAAUGUCAUUGCUCCCAACGCUGGUACCCGUAUGACUGCCACUAUCAUGCCUCCUGAAAUGGUCGAAGCUUUCAAGCCUGAAUAUGUUGCUCCUCUCAUUGGUUACUUGGCUCAUUCCGAGACUGAGGAAACUGGUAGCAUCUUUGAAGUCGGCAGUGGUUGGAUUGCCAAGGUUCGCUGGCAACGCACUGGUGGUGUUGGUUUCCCUGCCAACCGCCCUCUUUCUCCUGAACAAGUCGCUGCUGCUUGGUCCCGUAUCUGUGAUUUCGAAGAUGGCCGUGCCACCAACCCUGAAACCACCCAAGACUCCUUCCAAGGCUUCAUGGAGAACUUUUCCAAUGUUGAUGAAGAAGAGGAGGAAUCCACUGGUAAUGAAGUCUUGGAUAAGGCCAAGAAGGUACAAUUUGAGCCCCAUGUCUUUACCUAUGGCGAACGUGAAGUCAUCUUGUAUGCUUUGGGUGUCGGCUGCAAGCGUACCGAUCUCAAGUUUGUCUAUGAGAAUGAUGGUGACUUUUCUACUUUGCCUUCCUUUGGUGUCAUUCCUUCCUUCUCUCUCAUGAACGAUUUGCCUUUUGGUGACAUUUUGCCCAACUUCAACCCCAUGAUGUUGUUGCACGGUGAGCAAUAUCUUGAACUUAAGAAGCCUAUUCCUACCAGCGGCACAUUGACUUCGGAGGCUCGUAUUGUUGAGAUCACUGACAAGGGCAAGGGUGCUUCUGUUGUAUUGGGUGUUUCCAGCAAGGAUGAAUCUGGAGAAGUUGUCUUUGAGAACCAAUUCACUUUGUUCAUCCGUGGAUCGGGUGACUUUGGUGGUCCCAAGAAGGGUGCUGAUCGUGGCGCUGCUUCUGCUCCCAACACUCCUCCCAACCGUAAGCCUGAUACUGUCAUUCGUGAAAAGACCAGUGAGGAUCAAGCUGCCCUUUACCGCUUGUCCGGUGAUUACAACCCUCUUCACAUUGAUCCUCAAAUGUCUGCUAUUGGUGGAUUUGAUGUGCCUAUUCUUCACGGCUUGUGCUCCUUUGGUAUCUCUGCCAAGCAUGUCCUCAAGGCUUUCGGUAACAAUGAUCCUGCUACUUUCAAGAGCAUUAAGGCUCGUUUCGCCAAGCACGUUUUCCCUGGUGAGACUUUGGAGACUCAAAUGUGGAAGGAAGGUGGCAAGGUCAUUUUCCAAACCCGUGUCGUUGAACGUGACGAAAUCGCCAUCUCGGCUGCUGCUGUUGAGCUCAACUCGGCUCAUGGUGAUAGCAAGUUGUAA